UUAUCAGUUUGACAAUUGUCAAGUCAAGGUAGUUACCUAACCUAUCUGUGGCCAUAAAAACCAAAUUACGAAAUUGCGAUGGCUUAUGACUUAAAACAAGAAGAUGAUGUGAAGGACUACAUUGAGAACCUUGGGAUCGAAUACCGUUUCGGUUGUUACAAAGAAAAACCAGAAGUAUGUCAUUUGUUGGGAGAUUAUUUAGAGGCGAUCAAAAAAGAUUUUGACAAAGCGGCUAAAGUUUUUAAAAGCAAUUGCGUGGAUUAUAAGUUUGGGAAAUCAUGUUUAAAGUACGGGAAUUACUGUCUCGUGGGGAGGGGGAAGGAGAAAGGGGACCCCGCAGAAGCUCUAACCUAUUUCGAGAAAGGCUGCGAACUCGGCGAGCCUUCGGCAUGUCUGCACGCGGGGAUGAUGCUGACCGCCACUGGACCCAAUGUUACCAUAAAACGAGAUGUACCUAAAGGUUACAAUUAUCUAAAGAAAAGCUGCGAUCAAAAUGACAACAUGGCCUGCCACUAUCUCUGCGGCAUGUACAUCAGCGGAGUCCCCAAAAACGUAGCAGAUUACAACCCACACAACCCCGCCAAAAACAAAAACAUAGAAUACCUCAUAAAGCCGGACAUGAAACAAGCAUUUGAAUUUGCUAAGAAAGCCUGUGAGAACGGAAACAUGUAUGGCUGUGCCAACGUCAGCAUGAUGUACAAAAAGGGGGAUGGAGUGGAACAGAACGCAGACGAAUCAAAGAGGUUCUUCCAGAUCGCACAAGAACUUCAACAGGCGCAUGAGACAACCAAGGAACUUAAGUUCCAACAGGGGUUGGAGAAGUAACUUAGAUAAAUUGUGUAUAUUGUUUUUAUUUGAACUGAUAGCAUUUAAUGUAAGAUCUUGCAUGUUAUGGGUAGCUUCUGAAUGUUUGAUGUAAAUUAAACGAAAGUAUUACUGUUACAAAAUUCUUUUAUUUAUUAAAUUCAACAAACAAGAUUGCAUGCACAGGUAUGCAAAUUUUCAAUUGAAAAAUGUAUGCAAAGUUUGGGCGUAGCAGUGAAUGGGAUAAAAUGACCAUGACAUAAAAAUCAUGAACAAAGCAAUAGAUAACAGCACUAAUCCUAUCUAACAAGGGACACACAAUUGACCUCAUAUGUGUUAAAUCAAUUGUUGCUCACACACAAGGUAAAUAGGACCAUAUUGCUACUGGAGAUAAAUUAGAAUUUAAUUAGAUAUUUCCUUUAUUGACUCCGAGACUAGGCUUGCCUAUGCUUUACUUAAUCAAAUAAUUUUUAACAUGAAAUAAUAGCAAUAUUGCAAUUAAAUUGGCCAUUGUAACAUGUAAAUGUGCGAUCUAGUUGUUAAUUAAGUAUAUCUUUUUGACAUUUAUUAAUUUUAAUUCUACUUUUACAGAGUUUGAGUCAGGUACUUACAUGAAACAGUAAACAUAUUUAUGUACCUCAGCGGUUCUCGAAAAGUUUGUACAAAAAUUAAGGAAAAAUGAAAUUUGUUUUUUUUAUAUUCCUUUUUUGUUACCAAGA